AUGGCAGAAGAAGAUCCCGCCGAUGUCUUUGCCUUCCCGGACUUCGGCCAGACUUCCCAAUGGCUGAAGCUGUCACCCGGUCCUAAUGACCACUUCUUCAAUGCCAAGAUUGAUGCUUCAGAGCAACCAUUCUACAAAACCAUCAACAGAGCUGCAGCCGGAUUCUUCAAGUUGCCUGCCUCCUUAGGCUUUGACAACCUCAAUGGACACGACUCCAAAAACGAUGGCAGUGCUUUCAUCCCUGAACCGCUUCACGAUAUCAAACUACCGGACCUCGAUAUAUUCGAUGAGAUAUGGCAACAUAGCGACGUACCACCGGCUACCAGCGCCGAAUUCAAGACCUGGGAUGCGUUUACCAUGCCGGAGAUCCCUCCGGCCUCGCCUCUGUUCAUUACCGAAACUGGCCCUGUCGUAUACGAUGCUGCCAUCGUCUCAGACGAAGACCCCCUUGGCAUUGGCAAUAAGAAGCAUAGUAUCGUCCAAAGCAGUCCAUAUACCACAGCCCUGUUGGCCCUUGCUCUUGGCAGAGGCUCAGCAUUCUUCACGUGGAGCACUGAAAAGAGAUGCUUCACCCCGGACUUGGAGAGCAUGAGGAUAUCCGGUUAUUCUGCAGAGGUCCUACAAGGCCUUCAGGCGUGUUGCCUCGAGUGCGGAAAGACGACACGGUUCCUGUCGAGUUAUGUUCAGCUUACAUACAAGACCCACCCCAGUGCUGUCAGGGUCGCGCUGGCAAAGGCAGUUGAUGUUCUCCUCCUAGCUGUACAGCGCCAACUUGGAGAGCGUGGAAGACAAGUGCGAUCACUGUUACAAUUACAAUCUCUGGUUCAACCAGUUCGGUCUGUCUUGACCUAUUUCAAAUCUAUGAUCGCGAAGGUGUCGAGGAGCAGGACGGACGAGGCCAUGCUAUCGUUGAUCUUCGACGAGACACAGAACCUAGAACACGGGGAUGCGUUGCUCAGCGAAAUCAUGCGAGAGGUCCUGUCGCGAGCGUCAGAGCCCUGGACCGACUUUGCUGAGAAGUGGGUAGGGGUCAAAGCCGAAGAAGGUAUUCCGAUAACGAAAGAGGGACCUGGCAAGAGUUUUGUCAGGGUCGAUAAUAUCGCCAUGAUGGAUGACUUUGGGUUUGAAGCAGAAGAUCCUGACUACAUCCUCGAUGAAACCCGCAUGCCGGGUUUUGUACCCGGAGAAGUCGCUCUGGUAUUGUUUGAGACAGGCAGAAACCUGCGGCUUUUACGUACCCACCACCCGGAGCACCCGCUCUGCCAUAUAAAGCUCAUCAUGUCGAGCAAACCACCUCCCCUCGAAUGGUGUUUCGACUGGAAAACUAUCGGUCAGCUUCAGGAUGAAGUGUGGGAUUACGCCAAAUCCGUGGCGGAGAAGAUUCAGGAUGAGACGGCGAAUAUAAGUUCAAUACAUGACGACGCCGAAGGUAGAGGCCUUCACUCAGCCCAUGGCGACGGAGGGUUGCAAUGCUUCGGACACGAUGGUGAGCAGCUUGAAGGACGCUUAUUGGCAUCGAUCAAAGCGCUGAACCAGCCACCGUCAGCGGUCUUCGAGGAAGAUGGCCUGUCGAGUUUGCUGCGAAAGCGUCUAUUCAAUGAUGACGAGUCAUCCCAGCAGGCCGUGGCUGACUUCACUCCGCAUUGGUCACUGAUACCACUACAUUCGUUUGGUCCACUCGUUACGGUGCAAGCAAGGAUAGUAAACCGAGAGUACAUGAAACUGCUUUUUGGUGCUCACAACCUACGUGAGCACCUUGGCGUACAGAAGCAAUUUCAGCUCUUGGGGAACGGCCUCUUCUGUAGCCGACUCUCGCAUGCACUGUUUGACCCCGAUCUCGAGACAGCUGAGCGGCAGGCUGGCGUGGCUCGGAACGGUGGUGUCAUGGGCCUCCGACUGAACGGGAGGGAUAGCUGGCCUCCCGCUAGUUCGGAGCUUCGGCUCGCUUUGAUGGGUGUUCUUAACGAGAGCUAUCCAUCCUCGGCGCCGCCAGAGUCACGAUAUGCUGGCCCAGAGAGCAACAAGCUUCCUGGCGACCUCAGUUUUGCUGUACGCGACCUUUCACCCGAGGAGAUCGAUAGGUGCCUGGACCCGAGUUCGCUCGAGGCGCUGGACUUCCUACGGCUAUCCUACAAGGCUCCUGCGCCGCUCUCGCCGAUCAUUCCGCCCGUGGUUCUGGUCAAGUACGACAAGAUCUUCAAGUUGUUACUUCGCGUGCUCCGAAUGCUCUAUGUUGUGGGCCAACUCUUCCGAGAUACAUCGACAAGACUGAACCAGAACCAUGAUGUGGACGAGACAUGGUUGCGUUUCCGCUUUGAAGCGCAACAUUUCGUCUCGAGCAUAAGUACCUACUUCUUCGAUACAGGAGUGGAGAGACCAUGGCGGAGGUUUGAAAGCUGGCUUGAUCGAGUUCAGUCGGAUCUCCUGAAAGACGACAUUGACUCUAGAGAGGCCCGGGUACUAAGCCCGGACGAGGUUCGCGAAGAACACGAGCAGAUGCUGGAUCGCAUGAUGCAGACAUUGCUGUUGAGGAAGAGGCAGCAACCGGUGUUGAAGUUGGUCGAGGAGAUAUUCUCACUGAUCCUCAGGUUCUCGAGGCAGGCUCAGCUGGAAGUGUCCGGAAAAGUGGAAGGUGACGCUACCAAAAUGCUGCUCCAGAACCUUUAUGCUACCUUCAAGACGAAGGUGGAGGUUUUUAUCACGGUAUGUCGAGGCCUCGGUGAAAAGGAGGCCGCCACAAAAAAAGCGACGAAGCACGAUUUGACGACUGAUGACACCAAGCGAGGUGAAGACUUGAGGGAGGAGAAUACUAUUGAUAGACUUUUGGCCAAGUUGCAGAUUUCGGGCUACUACUCUCAGGCGAGGCCCGGACUGUGA